UCGUUCACCGUAGCGCCUCUUUCCGGAGCUUCAGAGCGCAGGCGCGUAGUUUGGUCUCCGUCAUGGUGGGACGAUUUUACUGAUAAUUUAUUUUACUUUUAUUUUAUUAAUUGUUGUCUUUGGUGUUUCUUUAAACGUAACUCGCAUUGGUCAGUGUCCCAUGUACAGUGAGUGGAUUCAGAGUCAUAGCUAAUUGUAGCCCUACAGGCCCCCUGGUAAAGGUGUGUCGGAGAUCUCUCCCUGCUUCGUCAGGAUGAAGGUGGCGGUGGAAGGCUGUUGCCAUGGCGAGCUGGAUAAGAUCUACGAGACCAUUGCCUUCCUGGAGAGGAAGGAGGGAGUGAAGGUGGACCUGCUGCUGUGCUGCGGAGACUUCCAGGCCGUGCGCAACGAGGCCGACAUGAAGUGCAUGGCAGUGCCGCAGAAAUACAGGCAGAUGCAGACCUUCUACAAGUAUUACUCUGGAGAGAAGGCGGCUCCUGUCCUCACCAUCUUCGUGGGGGGCAACCACGAAGCGUCCAAUCACAUGCAGGAGCUGCCCUACGGGGGCUGGGUAGCACCCAACAUCUACUACCUAGGCUACGCAGGAGUGGUCCGGUAUCGAGGGGUCCGGAUUGGAGGGCUGUCUGGGAUCUUCAAGUCACAUGACUACAGGAAAGGUCACUUUGAAUGCCCUCCGUAUGACCAGCAGACUGUCAGGAGUGCGUACCACGUGAGAAACAUUGAGGUCUUCAAAUUGAAGCAGAUCCGGCAGCCCAUGGAUAUCUUCCUGUCUCACGAUUGGCCGCGAGGGAUCUAUCACUAUGGCAACAAGUCUCAGCUGCUGAAGAGGAAGUCGUUCCUGCGGCAGGAAGUGGAGUCGAACUCGCUGGGCAGCCCGGCUGCGGCGGAGCUUCUGCAGCACCUGCAGCCUGCAUACUGGUUCUCCGCUCACCUGCACGUCAAGUUCGCAGCCUACGUGCAGCACCAGGCGCAAAAGGACUUGUUGCCGAGGGCAACCAAGUUCCUGUCGCUCGAUAAGUGUCUGCCUCACCGAGACUUCCUGCAGAUAGUGGAUAUCGAGCAGGACCCCAGUGCCUCGGACCGGCUGGAGUACGACCCCGAGUGGCUGUCCAUCCUGAAGAACACCGCCGGCCUGGUCAACACGACCGCCAGGACCUGGAACAUGCCAGAGAACAACGGCCUCUUCUCCCGGUGGGAUUAUAGCGCCUCUGAGUCUGGUCUGAAGGAGGUCCAGUCUGACCUGGGGGGUGACCUUUGUGUCCCUGAGAACUUCAGCGCAACGGCGCCCCACUACGACCCCAACAACCCCCAGUUACAGCGAGAGCCCACCUAUGCAGUGAACCCCCAAACCACAGAGCUGUGCGCCUGCCUGGGGCUCACCGACCCCAACGCAUGCAGGACUGAGGGGGUAGGCUGGGAGGAGGAGGAGCAGGAGGAUAACCUGAGCACAGGGAGCGCAGAGGAGCCCAGCGAAUACCCCACUGACACCUCUGGGCUGUCCAGCUCCGUCAACCCUGAUGAGAUCACCAUUGAAGAGGAGUGGGAGGAGGAGGGAGGCGAGGAAGCGGCGAUACAGAGCCCCCCAGCACGCCUCGUCCUGCCCUCUCCCAGUAGAACCAGCAGCAGUGACGGGCUGAUUGAGAAUCGACCCCCCUUUUCCCUCUCUGCCAGCCUGCCCGAACCCAUGGGGGUGUCGUCCUCGGAGGAAUUCACCAAUGAGGAGCUGGAACGGCACGAGGGGGCAGGGUUAACAGAUGGCAUUGAGGGGAACAGCUCGCCCCCUAGUGGAGAGAGCAGCGCAGCACGGCCUCCCAAGCGCAUCAGCGGGGAGAAUGCAGCCACGGGCCAGGGUAUGAAAAAGAUGAAGAGGAGGAAUCAGACCAUCUACACUGCACGGGGAGAGGAGGAGGAAGAGGAGGGAGACUGCUGAUCGUCUUCACACGUUUUUAUUCUAGUUCGGCUUGUUUUAGUUCUCGUGGCGGUGGGGUUUUUAUUUAGUGCACAGUGCCGCCUGCCUCCUGUGGAUUGUAUGCUGUUGCUGUUUCUUUCAGAGGAAUUGUUUUAAAGAGAUCGCUGGCCAUCUGCUGGCUGAAUGCUCGCUGUCCAGUAAUUUGGGGUUUUUCUUUUUCUGAAAAGGUAUUGCUGCGUCUGUAAACUGUGCAACACUGUUUACAUUUUUUCUGUGUGUUUGUAAACAUUGGCUUUCCCUUUUUACUUUAUUUUAAUCAUGUAACACAACCGGAAUGAGCCAAGUGUGUUGGAGCCAUCCUAAUCUUGGCGUUCAGAACUUUGUUUUAUUUUUAUUGUUUGUUUUGUUUCUCUGAAACUGGAGAAUGCUAACCCUCUUUUUAAAACAACAGCCGAGAACAGAUUAAUGAAUUUUUUUAAUUAAUGAUUAAAGACUUCAAAAUUGACACCUCUAUAGUGUCCCUUUACCCCCCCCCACAGAGAUUUGGAUUACACUAUGAUUUUAAUUUUUGUUUUAGGUCAGAAAGCACAUUAAAAUGUUAUGUUCUACUUGA